UUCCGUGUUCCGACAAAACACAUUUGACCCUGCGCUUAUCUGGCAUUGGAAUCAUCGUCAAAGCAAGAUCUUUUGGCUAUUCAUGAUUGCUCGCUCGCGCUGUGAUGUGACAUGGGCUUCGACUAUGAAUACGUUCAACUUUGUUGAAUCUAAAGUUGUUCUUUUAGGGCGUAACUUUAGUGGGAAGACGUGUUUAUUGGAAAGGUAUUUGCAUGACCGUUUCCUUGGAACAUCAGAAGCGACGAUCGGCGCGGCAUAUGGAACCAAGACUGUCACUGUACGAAACACAAGGGUCACCUUGGGAAUAUGGGACACCGCAGGAAGCGAGCGAUAUGAUGCAAUGAGUCGGAUCUACUACCGAGGGGCCAAGGCUGCAGUCAUCUGCUUCGAUUUAACCGAAGAAGAAAGUUUUCUAAGAGCCAAGUACUGGGUUAACGAACUUCACACAUACGAGUCGUCAUGCCGCAUCUAUCUGUGUGGGACAAAGUUCGACUUGGUAGAGGGGAAGAAGAAAUCGCGGGCCGUGGAUGCCUGGGUCGUAUCUCAAUAUGCCGACGGUAUUAAUGCCAAGUUGUUUGAAACAUCCAGCAUGACAGGUCGUGAUGUCGAGAGGCUGUUUUUCUGUGUUGCUGAUGACUGCGGUAAGGAGGAAUAUCCACAAGUCGAGGAAAACGAUAAGGAGCUGUCAAAAGUCAAGCUGGAAGAGCCCAAAAACAAGCGUCGAAAUUGCUGCUCGUAGUUGCGUGAGACCAACAGCUAUCUUUUGAAUUCGACGACUCUUUUUGGCGGAUUUAUCACAGAGCCAGUUUCUUCCAUCGGGCUAAAAUGACAGACAUGCUGUGGAAGAGCUAGGUAGCCUGAACCCUCCUCCGCAGGCGCCUCGAGUGUUUUGUGCCUUUUAUUGGGAAAAGGGGCUUUUGUCGAUUUCGGACUUCCUGGGGCGUGAUCAAGCAAUUAGCGGUCCGCACCGGUUCAACUCGCCACAGGAAGCCCAAAUCAUAAGAAUACUGAAAAAGUAAAAAAAAAUUCUCGAGAUGCCUGUGGAGUAGGCUAGUCUGACUAGUCUGCGUAGCAAGCGUUUUGUGUGGUUUCGGCUCAGGUUUCGGCGGAGAUAAAGUGAAGUGUAUGGCCGCGCGGAGAAUGGGGACGAUGAGUGGUGACAGAAAGCAACUAUUUCCGUCGCUCGCUCUCCACAGACACGCUUGCUGCGCAGGAAAAGCUAGAUAGUUUGCGUAGGCGGGUUAACUGGAAAAGGAAUCAGCACAGGGUUAAAGUUUUACGAACCCCUCUCCACAGACAGAGUAGCACGCACAUGUACAUGCGUUAUGAGGAUAGAUGAAAAAAAGGAAAUAGAAAUCUGGUUGCAUAUUUCUAUAAUAGACCCCUCCAAGAAAGCACGUGGAUCCAUUAAAUGGGUUUUGAGAAAUGGAGACUUUGCUGCCUAACAGUGACACUUGAACCUAUUAUGGAAUGAUUUUAGAAAAUAUAGAUAUAUAAAUAUACCUUUAUCUUACAUAAUAAUCUAUGUACAAAUAUAUUUAUGGAAAAUUAUUUGUAUUUUGAUUUUGAGAAUAUGUAACGAAAUUUAAGUCAGCAAAUUCACGAGCCCGUC